UGUUGAUAAUGAUGAUAAAUAUAGUGAUUGAUGCUAUUUUGGUUUACCCCCUGGUCAUCUUUAAUUGAGUGGACCUCAUGAUCAAAUGUGUUCCAGAUAUGAUCAUCCCAUUUAUUUUUCAGCCAAUUUGGACAACAUCUACACAACUGAAUUAUGAGUCAGUUUCUAAAUCAAGACUUGAUUUAGUGAACAGAAGGAAAUACCAGGUUUCUCAAUCUGAAGUUAUUGAAAAGGUGACGGUGAGGAAUGUCAAGAAAAUCAAACAUUCGAAAUCAUUAGGGCUUAACAUUAGUCAGAUUUCCAACAGAGAAUUUUACUCGGCUACUCCAUCACAGUUAUUCCAUAAAAAAAUGUGUGAACUGCAAGCCACUUUAGAGUUUUCUGUUGAACUUGGAAAAUUCUAUAAUGUUGAUCUUUUUCAACGUGGGUAUUAUCAGGUACGAGUUGGUUUAAAGACACCUGCAAAAUUACCAUGUAAAACUGAAGUCUCUCUUCCCAAAAAUACAGAAAACCCUCAUGUCCUUCCAGCUAGUAUUAUCAAUGGGGUUGCUGUUAGCAAGACCUUUCAAAUUCUUUAUCGUAAUGAAGAUGUUGUUGUAAAUGAUAUCAUUCUCUUUCGGAUACAUGUUCUUGUUGACAGUUCCAAGGUUAAUGAAACACUUGAAUACUUGGGACUGCAACUGGUUGUGGAGUUAUGGUUCGUCGAAGAAGAACAAGAGGCUAAUAUCCUGGAUAAAAUGGAGUUUGUAAGCCAACGCAUUCUAAAUUUACACUUUAGCCCAACUAAAGGUCUCCAUCACUACGUGCCUGUUCUAUUUGAUUAUUUUCAUCUCUCAGCCAUUGAAGUUAUUAUACAUGGUAUGCUCGUUGCUCUGCAUCAACCUUACAUCAUUUUACCUCGUCCUCCAAAAUCAGCUUGGGCUGCAAAAGGGCCUGAACAUUCCACGUUGGAGUCAGUGUAUUUUGGAAACCGGCCUGGAGUUGGGAGUUCACUUUUCAUCAGCUCUUCAAGUUUACAGGGUGCUUGUUACACACAUCGAAAAAUCUGCCACAUUCUACUUUCAGCUUAUGAAAGUUUACAAGAAACCUUUGUAAGCUAUAGUAAGUUAAUGUCAAACCUACCUACUGUUGAGAGGAAAGAUUGUCAUACCAAACUAGAAGAAUUAAUGAAAGUUUUACAGAAAUUUGAUAAUGAGGAAGAUCUUCUGGAACGGGCAAGUACCCAUGUAACACAACUGUGUGCUGAGAAUGUCAUUCUAUGGAACCAGUUCUUGGAUACUAUCAAUUUAGAUUCCUUUGUUAUAUAUCAGCUUGCUUCUGAUCAUCAUCAGCAACGGGUAGGAACUUCAAACAUUAUGCAUUACCAUAAUGCUCUUUGUUAUUGUCAUUUUCACAGCAUUCACAGCCAUGCUGACUGUGCAACAAUGGUGCGUAACUCGCCGUACUUUGUUAACCUCCCACCACUUGCUGCUGAAUGUCUUGAGCUCGAUGGAGACCACACUACACUGCCUAUCAUAUUUGAAGAUGUUUACUAUGAUAUCAAGUUUCCAACUUGUAAAAAUUUUCCUGAAGGUCAAGUUCAAUAUACAAACCCUGCCUAUGAUUCUGAUGGAAAGGACUUGGAAAUUGUUUUAAGAGAUCGCUCUAAGUCAGAUACAUCCACAUGUUAUUACUACGGAGAAGAUCCAACUGAAUUACGUAAUAAAGGCAAGAGAAAAUUCAUCAAGAACAUAAAACCUGAAGCUUUCAAACGUCCAUCUUAUUCUUGCAUCAAUGCUGAUGCUACCCCUCCUCUGAAUGAUGUUGUCCUUGUUGGCUACCGAAAGAAAAGUGCAGAAGAGACAACAGAAAGUCCACUGCAGUUAGGUACAUUGGGUCCUGAAUCAACAUCUCCUCCCAGUGAUUUUUUCUCUGGGAAUCAUCUUUCCAACUCUGUAUCCAUGACUUCUUUGUUAACACGAUCUUGUUGGAGUAGAUCCAGUAUAAACUCACUCCCGGAAUACAUUGAUGAGUUACACUCAGGUAAAAGAAACCAAUCGUCUCUCAAAACAGAUACACUUUCUGACAGUGGUUUAGUAAAGGCAUGCCAAGAAAAGCAUUCCUCCAUAUCCCUUACUGAUCCCAUUAUUAAUACAAAUAAGUGCCUUCAAAAAAUUGAUGGACAAGUUAAUGAAGCCUUCUUAAUUGACAGGGAAACUCCGGAAAAAUUGUCCCUGGAAAACUGUCACAAUCACCAAUCUGAAAAUAUAAAUUCUGCCCAAGAAAGUGAAAAUACAUUAUCGGAUUGCUCCGAAGUUGCCGAAGUAAUUCCUAACAAUAUUGAUACAGUAUUGAGUUGUUCAGAAUCUGGAGGGUGUCAUUCAAAUAAUGUUGACUCAUUAUCUGCGUCUUCAGAACGUUUAGAAGUUGUCUCAUUAAGUAAUGCUGACACUAUGUCAAGUUGUUCAGAACCUUUAGAGGUUGUUCUGCAUGACGAUGUCGUAUCUGAUUGUUCAGAGCCAGCAGAUGUUUCAAAAGAUUCCAAUUUACACUCCAAUUAUUCAGACAAUUGUACAUCAGCACGAGACUUGGUUUCCAACAACAGCAGCAGUGCCAUAUCAAAUAGUAGUGAUCUCAACAAAAAAGAAGAUAAAAGUGAUUCAUGCAUAGACAGCCCGACCGAGGCCUCUCAAGACAAUAGUCUUGGCCCUUGUUCUUCAUCAACAAUUACAAGUGAAAGAAAUUCAACUGAUGAACAGAUAACAAUACUUGAGCUUCUGAAAGAGGAGUAUGCUAAAACGAGUCUUGGGGAAAAAAUGAAAGAAGAAGUGAUAGUGGAGGAAGAGGAGGAGGAAGAUUCUGAGGUGAAGGAUGAAUUUGAGUCUGAUUAUUAUCAACCACCCCAUAGUCCUCUCCAUAAUCAAAAAUCAGCUAGCGACCCAGACAUUCAUCAAAGUGUUAUUUGUCGGAUUAGGAACACUGAGCUGUCUCUUGCUGAGACAUUAACAGAAGGCACAAGUAGUAUUGGACCAAAAAGUAAUGUCUGGUCACAGACUUCAAACACUGGGUCUUCUGCCAUAUCAUCGUCAUCAUCAUUUCCUGAACUUUCGCGGAUAUACAACUUAAAAUAUGAUACACCGAGGCUUGUGCCAACUGUAGGGAACAAAACUUUGAAUUAUGCAUCUAUGAAAGAAAAUUUUAAAAAGCAACUAAAAUACCAGGGUCAUCUGUACAGUGAAUUUUCAUCAGUAGCUUCGGACAUUCCAUAUUUUUUGACUCCACAGUAUUAUGAUCCUAACAGUAAUUCUGAUCAUCUACAUUUAAUCAUCUGUGUCCAUGGUUUGGAUGGUAACAGUUCUGAUUUACGAUUGGUUCGUACAUAUAUUGAAAUGGCUUUACCUGGACAUCGGAUAGAAUUUGUUAUGUCUGAGCGCAAUCAAACAGACACAUUUGCUGAUUUUGAGUUGAUGACAACAAGAUUAGUGAAUGAAAUUCUUUGCUAUGUCCACAUGUAUGAUUUACGGCCACCAUCCAGAAUCAGUUUUAUUGGUCACUCUUUAGGAAAUAUCAUCAUCCGUUCUGCCUUGUCUCGAUCUGACAUUUCGCAUCUUCUUCCCAUGAUGCACACAUUCCUCUCCUUAUCUGGCCCACACUUAGGCACCCUGUACAAUAGCAGUGGACUGGUCAACAUGGGAAUGUGGGUAAUACAGAAAUGGAAGAAAUCUGGGUCGUUAUUACAGUUGUCCAUGAAGGACCACUCAGAUUUGAGACAGUGCUUUCUUUACAAACUCAGCCAGAAAUCCGGCUUAGAAUCUUUCAAGAAUAUAUUGCUGGUUGGUUCAUCUCAAGAUCGCUAUGUUCCUUUCCAUUCUUCAAGAGUAGAAAUUUGCAAAGCUGCACAAAGAGACACAUCCACACUUGGUGCCGUCUAUAUAGAAAUGGUGAUGAACAUUCUGAAACCUAUCGUUAACAGUGCUACAACUAAAUUAAUACGAUACGAUGUGUUUCAUGCAUUACCAAAUACUGCAAACACAAUCAUAGGCAGAGCUGCCCACAUAGCAGUUUUAGAUUCAGAACUCUUUAUUGAAAAAUUUCUUCUUGUUGUUGGUUUAAAAUUUUUUAAAUAAGAACAAAGUCAAACCUAUCUUAAAACUUAGGGAGAAAAAAAGAAAAAGAUAAAUAUAUUAUAAAACAGCUUUUAUUGAUAGUUAUCAUUAAUUAUGGUAACUUCUUAAGUUUGGAAUAUUUUCCCAGUGGUCUUGAAUACUUUCUGUCCAUUUUUGCCUGCUGUCACUAUCAGUAUUUCAACUAUAACUAGGUUGCCACAACUGAAAUUCUAUCGUUGGGAGUUCAGGAUCGUACUAAUAUUCUUCCACUAUCUGGGAAAUCAACUUGUCAAUUUCUUCCAAAUACACAAUUUUACCAAAAAAAAAAAAAAAAAGUGUUUAUUUGAUUUUUAUCCUUCCUCAAGUGCCUAUGUGUUUAUGUACGAUUGAUACAAAAGGGAUUGCAGUCAAAUGAAUUCGAUACAUGCUUCAUAUUUCAUCCUUGGUUGUUUUGCAAUUACUAAUACAUAUAUAGCCACAGGUAUGGUUGUAUGGUUUGCUUCAGAACCAUGUGGUAAGGGGUUCUGUUCCACUGCAUGAAUGUUGUUGAGUAAUGUUAUAUACUGUAGCCAUGGGUUGACCAAUUACUUUGAGUGAAAUUGGUAGGCAGAAACUGAGGAAGCUUGUUACUCAUUUUUCAUGCUGGCACACAUACACAUACAUGUAUAUAAAAUAUGGAGAAAGUUCAGAAAGCAUCUACAUCAGUUGACAAUCAAAAGUUUCUCCCUCUUCCUGAGUGAAGGGAAGAUUGUAUGAUGCAUGUAUAUGAACAGCAAUACAUGGUAGUGAGAUGUGAGUCCAGAUUGCAGAGGACAUGCAAAAACUAGAGAGGAAUGAAGCUAGUAUUGCUCUGCAAGAUGUGUACAUUUGAGACAGUGCUUGUGCAUUGAUGGACAAAUUAGGAGUAAGAGGAAUUGGAUGCAGUGUGCAGGAGAGAAAAGUGCACUGUUUUGGUCAUGUGAUGCAUAUGGAUGUAGACAGUUCCAUACAGAAGUGCCAAUCUCUUAAAGUGGAUGGAACCUGUGGAAGAGGGAGACCUAGGAAGACAUGGGAUGAAAGACUGAAGGCCAAUCUCAAGACACUGAGCCUUACAAAGAUGAGAAAGAACUGUGAUACCUGGCACCAUGCUGUACUCAAGAAGACUUGUCUACCACACCAGAAUUGGUACUAGUGCUGGUAUCAUGUAAGUAGCACCUAGUACACUCUAGGAAGAGUAUCAAGCCUUAGAAACCAUGCCAGAAUAAUGGAGCCUAGUGUGACCCCCACUCCCUGUCUUACCUGCUCUUGUUAAAGUUCAACCCAUGCCAGCAUAGAAAACAGAUGUUAAAUGAUGCGGCUAUAUAUAUAUAUAUAUACAUACGUGUGUCUAUUUGUGUGAGUGAUCUCAUAUUUUCUCCUUCCCUUUACAUGUGUCCACUGACUGUAAACAAAUAGCUUUGCUACUGAAUACAACUGGUGUAGUAUGCUUGUAGUCAAAUGUGAAAAUGCAUCUGGAUUUACACUUGUGUGACCUUUGUAGGAUUGUAACAAUGUCUAGAUUGUUCAUUGCAUAAUAAUAUGGAAUUGUUAACUUGCUUGGAAACAGAUGGGUAUUGAUGAUAAACAGGGUAUCAGAAAAUCAGUAUUGUUUGUGGUCCCCUCUGGUUUAUACAAAAAAAUAUAGUGAUUGGUAGUUUGCAUUUGGGGAAAUGAGAAUCAGUUCAUGAUGCCACCAUAGAAACCAGUACCACAGUACAUUCAGCUGUUGCAAUUUCAUAAGCCAUGCAGUGGGUGAAUGAAAGAUAAAAUAGAAUAAAAAUUCCACCCUAUUACCUCAUUUCCACCGAGGCACAGAAUUCUUUAAUUUUCAA